AUGGGAAUCGACUAUUACAAGGUUCUUGGUGUAGGGCGGAAAGCCACUGCGAACGAGAUCAAGAAGGCAUAUCACCAGUUGGCACUGAAGUAUCAUCCAGAUAAGUGUACGGGAAACCGAGAUGAGGCAGAGCGGCGCUUUAAGGAGGUGUCUGAGGCCUAUGAUGUGCUGAGUGAUGAGAGCAAGAGGAAAAUAUAUGAUGUGUAUGGUGAAGAGGGACUGAAGGGUGGCGUUCCGAGCGGGGGAGGUGAUGCUGAGGGUGCGGAGUUUCAUAAUGCCUUCCCCGGUGGUGCCAGGUACACCUUUUCGCAAGGUGAUGCUUUUAAUAUUUUUCAAACGUUUUUUGGCUCUAAUGACCCUUUUGCAGGUGGUGAAGAAUUUGGCGGUGGUGGGCCUGGCCUUCACCGCGUGUUUCGUGGCUUUGGCGGCCCUCAAGGGUUCACGACCGGGUUUGGUUCACCAGAGAUGUCGCCUGUUCACGAAGCUCCACCCAUGGAGUACACGUUUGCCUGCACGCUGGAGGAGAUUCACAGUGGAUGUACGAAGAAGUUCAACGUGUCACGUGUUCUGCCUGGUGGGACAGAAAAAAAGAUGUUCGAGGUUAAGGUACUCCCCGGGUAUAAGAAGGGUACGAAGAUUCGUUUUGAACGGGAAGGAGGCAUUGUGCAAGGCUAUCCGCCAAAUGUCAUGGCAGAUUUGGUUUUUGUGCUCGAUGAGAAGCCACAUUCGCGCUUUGAACGCAGUGGCGCGGACGUCCGUACCACGGUGCAUAUUAACUUGAAGCAGGCGUUGCUUGGAACCACAGUGAAUGUCUUGUGCCUCGAUGGAACUACGGCGGCGCUGCCGUUGACGGGCGUAAGUAAAAACGGACGCCAACUUCGGGUGAGUGGGAAGGGCUUCCUGGAUCGUAAGUCAGGGCGGAAUGGGGACAUGUACGUCACAAUUGCCGUGGACAUGCCUGCGUCACUGAGCGAUGAGACGAAGCGCUUGGUGGAGAAGUGCAACUUCUAG